CAGACCGGAUUAUAAAAUUGUAGAAGACCAGAAAGAAAAAUAGCUGCUGUCCCUUUUCCAUUGCUGGUCCCAGUCGCUCACCGCUGUGGCCAAGUUUUGGGGAGCAAGGUCUGUUCUCGUACGAGUGUCUGGCAAUGGCGUGGCGUUUGGGUCGCUCGGCGUUCCAGCAGCUAUGUCCGUCGCGAGCACUUCAAGGGCAGCAGCAGCGUCAAAUAAUAGCGGCGGCGAAUACGAUAGGAUCUAGACGCAGUUACAAUGGCGACUGUAUUAGAAACGUAAGAAAUACUAGUACGUGUGGAAUGGUGAUGUCCCAGCGUGCCUAUUCAAUGCUACGGAAGCAAGCAGCGGCAACAACGACAUUGCCAUCGGGCCAAGCUCUGUCCAGAUCGUGGCGAGUAGAUGGUGCCCUUGCUCGUGACACGCGCCUGACUGGUACUACACUGCUGUUACGCCGCAGCAUGGGUUCUGCGGACCGGGAGCCGGUGGGUCGGACAUCGGCGGGAUUGGUGGGUGCGGGCGGGUUGGAUUCCGUCUGGCCAUUUGUAUCCCGUUCAGCCAUCCUAUUUUUAUUCGUGACAUUGUUUGCGACCGGCUGCUCCUAUAUUUCCCAGCGGAAGAUGAGGGAGCGCGGUGUCUGGUACAAACUGGCUAAGUUGCACUAUCAGAUCGGUCAGAAGGGCUACGCGGCCAACGCUCUCUUCAAGGAGGCACUGAUACAGACGCGCACGCUGGCACAGCGAUCAGCGUACGGUGAUUAUGACGCCGUGGAGGAGCUCAUCAAGCUCAUGGAUUUGACGGUUACCUGUCUACUAGAGGCUCUUAACCAUCAAGAUGCUAAACGACUCCUGGACAAAUGGAAGAUGGCGUUGGUGGAUAUCAUGCAGCUUGACGAGGCUGAUCGAUUACGUGUGAUCUUGUCUGCACGUUACGGUGAUGUCUAUUCAUGUGCUGACGACACUAUGCGGGCAUACCAACACUACGGCCAAGCGCUGCGUAACGGACAGCUGCUUGUUGAACGAGCGCCGACGGAGGAAAACGAGGCUCUACUUGGUUCCAUCUUUGAGAAGUCCGGAAGGAUGGAGCUGCAUAACCGUAACUUUGAAGCAGCGUGUAUCUUUUUCGAACAGGCUCUCCUGCAGGCUGCCAAAGUCCUACCCGAGCAUGACAAGCAGGUCGUGGGUCUGCUGAACAGCUUGGCGACGUCGUACGAUAACUGCGCACGCCUGGACGAGGGCAUAGCCGUAGCUCACCAGGGCCUGGCCUUGGCGGCCGACACAGAGACGAGCAUUCAUCCGCUGGAAGUGUCCGCCCUGCACUUCAACCUAGCAGCGCUUCAUCUACAUAAAGGGGACAUAGCCGAGAGUCGACGCGAGGUCAGCAUUGCCAAGGAGACGGCGAGGAAGCUUCAAGACGACCCUCAGCUGCAGGCGUGCGCAGCCCUGCUCCAGGAAAUCACCGCCAAGGAGCGUGAACAGACGAGAGCAGCCGAGGAGGCAAAGAAGAACAAUGCUUGGUGGUAACAGAGGCCACACACACACACGCACGCCUCGUCAACUCUCCACUCUACAAAUGUGUACUGCUAAAUGAAAUCCAGCCACGUCACUUAAGCACACGCGGGCGGGCGUUGCGCAGCCAUAGACCUGCGAACACUGAGCUGCGGUCUGAUGCAAGGCGCAAACUGGAGUGAUGCGGCCGGAUUUCAUUGAGCAGCACCGCAGUAGCCUCUGCCUGCCUGCCUGCCUGUGACGACGCUCUAUGUACCGAUGAUACCGAUGAUAAAGGCAUGCACGUGGGUUUGUCGCUCUGGACACUCGCCACUGUAAACCCAGCAGAAUUCAGCUAACUGCCCAUGUUGCCCGGAAUCGCCAUUGAACUGAUGGUGUCGACUGCAACGCCGGCGGAAUUCUCGCUGAAUCCAUGGUGUAAACCCGGCCGAAUCGGUACGGAAUCCAUCGUGUAAAUCCGGCCGAAUCGAUGCUGAAUUCAUGGUGUAACCCUGGCGGAAUUUCACUGGACAUCACCGCUGCACUUGAGCCGAAUCAGCGUCAUAGAACCAACAGGAGCAUGCACAUAAUCCAAACUACAGUACACAUAAUCCAAACUACAGUACACGUAAUUGCCAUACACAUCUAGUGACAAUUGCUGAGCAAGACUUCUUCUUAUUGUGCUGAUCAGGAAAACUGACUUCUUAUUGUGCUGAUCAGGAAAACUGACUUCUUAUUGUGCUGAUCAGGAAAACUGACUUCUUAUUGUGCUGAUCAGGAAAACUGACGGUAACUUGGUCUCCAGUCAGUUUCAGCCGGCAACUGGCAAACACACAAUAAUAUUAUGAGUUUGAGUUUGAGUAUUGAGAAUUGACCGAAAGCAGACAUCUGGCCAAGAAAGACCGUGUAGAAGCUAGUAACUCUGAAAGCCAAUUCAUCUUUAUCCUAUUUUCCACACCCACCCACACACACACGUACGCACACGUACGCACACACGCACACACAUGCACACACACACACACACACACACACAUGCAUCCAUUCAAACACACGCGUGCAUACACACACACACACCACACACACACACUUUCCCAUUCUUAGCCUAACUGAAGCACACUCUCUGUAUUAAUGUGUAAUGCUCCGAUUGAUGGGUAAUUACACAUCCAUUUUUCCAAGACUGCAUGCAAGAGACAAGACUACGACAAGAGUCUAUAAAGAAGGGUUCUGUAAAACGGCUAAUUUUAGCGAUGGUGAUGUUUUAGCGACUUUUAAUAGCGAAGGAAGUGUUUUCGCCAAAGUUUUGCCGUGCCAAUCGAAAGAUCUGCAUGUACAGUACAGUACAAGUCCUCCUUCAGUCUGCAACUCGGAUCGUUAAAAUAUUUCAUCUUGAAUUGGUCCAGAUUCAGAAAACGCUAAAAUGUUUAGUCGCUAAAAUUACCCGUUCUACAGUAUGCCACUAGGGGUAUGCGAAGAGAGCUUGCACAACA